AUGGAGAGGACUAUGCUCGGAAUUUUCCUGCGAGAUCAAAUCAGAAAUGAGAAGAUUCGUAGGAAAACCAUGUUAACCGACAUAGCCCAAAGGAUUGCGAUAUUGAAGUGGCAGUGUGCAGGAUACAUUGAUCAAAGUGCGGUUAACGAGUGGUCAAAUUUACUAAAAAACAACGGGUUAAUCUCUCGUCAUCUACCAUUUACGGUCCAUGAAGAGAAACACAAACACGAAGCCAUCAUUUUGUUUAGGAUACUUUACUUUACCAAAGACUACGACACAUUCUACAAAGCAGCCCUUUACGUGAGAGAUCGUGUUAAUGAAGAUCUCUUCCUCUAUGUGCUAUCCACGACUGUUAUUCACCGUCGAGAUUUAGCUGGAUUCAUUAUUCCUCCUAUUUACGAGAUGUCGCCCGAGUACUUUAAUAAUGGACAAGUGAUGACCUUAGCACAGAAAAUUAAUAUCUUGGGAGAUAGUAUACUUGAUGACUGUAAAGCUGUUUUCAAAUUUGACAAUAGUAUAGUUAUAAGGGAAAAUGAUACUGUUUGGCCUUAUUACAUGUAUGAUCAGCCUUUACAUUACUACAAUCAUGACGAGGGCUUGAAUUUAUUCUAUUAUUACUAUAAUUUGCUGUAUCCCUCGUGGCUCGGUGGAGACCUUGCUUCCCUUGAAUUUAUUUUCUUUUAUCUUGAGAGAUUGUCUAACGGCCUUUCUGAAAUAGAAGACCUUGAUCAUCACAUAGUGAAGGAGGGAUAUAAGUCUAGCAUGAUAUACAACAACGGUAUACCCUUCCCAAGCCGUCCAGAUAACUUCCAUCUGGACCAGUUCGAUUUUGCAGAUGAACUUCAAAAGAUCGUGGAUUAUGAGCGACGUGUACGUGAUGCCAUAGAAAAUGGUUUCAUUUUUAACGAAUCUGGUGAAAAAAUUAAUUUAAGAAUUCCCGAGGCUGUCGAUAUAAUCGGACGUAUCAUUGAAGCUGGUGUUGAUUCUCCAAAUGGUCGCUAUUACAAAGACUUUAUCACACUAUGGAAGUCCAUUCUUGGAAAUUCAUUGGCGCAUAAGAACGAUUAUAGUGAAAGCUAUGUACCUCUUGUCAUCCCUUCAGUCCUGGAGCAUGAUCAAACAGCACUCCGCGAUCCUGCAUUUUAUAUGAUCUGGAAACGGGUCCUUAAUUUGUUUAAGCUUUGGCAUGAACAACUUCCUCCUUACACACGUGAAGAAUUAGCCUUGUCUUCAGUGGUAAUUGAAAAUGUCGAAGUUGACAAAUUUGUCACAUAUUUCGAAAAUACCUACACGAAUAUUAGUGCAGGUCUUUACAGAUCAAAUAAAUGCAAAACAAGCAUUGUCCCGGAUGAAGUGAAUAUUCUUGUUCAGCAUCCAAGGCUGAAUCACAAGAAGUUUAAUGUGCGAGUUCGUGCGAAGAAUUCACUAGCCCAAAACGUUACAGUCAGAUUCUUUUUGGGCCCAAAAUAUGAUAGCAGAAAAUUUAAUAUACCACUCCACGAAAACGUUGAAAACUUUUUUUUGUUGGACGAAUUUAUCUACGACCUGCCUGAAGGCGAAAACGUCAUCGUUCGUAAGUCGACUGAUAGUCCUCAUUACACCUAUAAUUUGAGGGCUGCAAGCGAUGUUUACAGAGAAGCUGUUGCGGCUUUAGACGGGACAGGAGAUUACCAUUUUGAUCCUACGCAAAUUAUCAAAUUUCCACACAAUCUUGUGCUACCUAAAGGUCACUUAGCCGGUAUGCCGUAUGUGCUACUGGUUCACGUAACGGAGUACAAGCCACCCAGACUACCAUUCGGAAGUACUUUCGAUUCUGAGUUGUCCAGCGGACCAGGUUCCGGCUCUCGUCGUCUGGCCGGAGACCCACUGGGCUAUCCUCUUAAUAGGCCACUGUAUUCAUGGCAGAUUGAGAGCCUGCAUAAUUUUUAUUUCCAAGACGUAUUGAUUUAUCACAAGCCAACUCCGGAAAUCAAUGUUCCUUACUCUUCUGAAGUUUAAGAUUUACAUUAUUGUUAAAACUAUUUUAGUCUAGAGUAUUAUUGUUAUUGUUAUUAAAUAAGAAAGCACCUUUGAAAGCAACUUCAAUUUUAAAUAAAUAAGUAAACAUAUUUGAAUGUGAAAUAUUCUUAAUCGACUAUUUUAAUCAUAAAUUUAAUAAAGUUAUGUGUUUUUUUUACAUUAUUUUAAGCAUGUAUAAAUGAAUGAAAAAAUGAAAUUUACUUGCUUGAA